AGUUUGUUCAUAUUCGAGGCACGAGCGACAUACGUCGACAGUCGUACGGCGGCCACCAUCACAAACGGUACCGUGGAAUGGAUUUUACCGGCAAAAUUGCUAUCGUAACCGGUGCCAGUUCCGGCAUCGGUGCAGCAACUGCCAAGUUGUUUUCUCAACAUGGAGCUACACUGGCGCUAGUUGGUCGAAAUGAAGCAAGAUUACUCGAAGUAGCAAACAAGUGUGAAGCGGCCAAAGGAAUACGACCCUUAUGUCUGCUGUACGACUUGACAAUCGACGCAAAUUGCGAUGAAAUCGUCAGAAAAACAGUUGACACGUUCGGAAGAAUAGACGUGCUCGUGAACUGUGCUGGGAAGGCGAGUGUUACGUCGUUGUUUGAUAACACAAUGGAAAUAUUCGAUGAUCUCCUUACAUUGCAUCUUCGCGUACCUUACAAAAUGACUCAGUUGUGUACACCGCACUUGAAGAAGACUAAAGGAAAUGUAGUGAAUGUUUUUGGAGCCCCAGCGAAAGUGAAACCUGGAUUUCUACAUUUCGCUAUAGUGAGAGAUGCUAUGCAGAGAUUUACAAAGGCAGGAGCGUUGGAGCUAGUAAGUGAAGGGAUCAGAAUGAAUGCAGUUCGCCCAGGGCUGACAAGAACUAAUAUUUUAUCGAAUUUGAAUGUACAAGAGAGUGACAUGGCACAUGUUUAUGAGAAACUAGCUCAGACAGUACCUAAUAAUGUUAUAAUAGAACCAGAAGAGGUUGCUAAAAUGAUAGUGUUUGUUGCAAGUGACAUUAAUCCUAACUUAACUGGUGCUAACAUAGUAAUUGAUGGAGCGGCAUCCGGGAGUGUCUAGUGAAAAUUUGAUAAACACAACAAACUACACGACAAACAAAUAAAUCUGGAAUUUAAAGGUGCGAUACCGAGUUCGAACGUAUAUGUGUCAAAGUGAUUUACAAUUAAAUGAUGUUUAAUUUGCAUAAAGUGUAAACAAAAACGGAAAUUAUGCACGAAAACAGAAUUAAACCAAUCGGUAAGCAACCAAAUGUUAUUACGUUAAAAUGUGAUGAAGUAAAAACUUGUGUUUUUGAACUGAAUAA